ACAUAAAAAAGCUGAAAUCUUUACAACAUUAUAGACAUUUGGGGUUUUACUACAGUACUGUCAUGUAUUUCUGCAUUCAAAGAAACUAUAAGUUGUUGAUUUGGCUUUGUGUUGUUUUUUUGGGAUUGUGAUAUCUUGUGUUUUUGUGGGAUUUGGGUUUUGUGUGGAAAUUUGAACUGCAUUGUGUGAAAAAGAAGAAGAAGAAGAAGAAGCAGAGGUAUGGCAGGUGGUGGAGCUGCACCACCACCAAAACAAGAUGAGAAUAUACCACACCCUGUCAAAGAUCAACUUCCAAAUGUUUCUUACUGCAUUACUAGUCCUCCUCCUUGGCCUGAGGCCAUAUUACUUGGGUUCCAGCACUACAUUGUUAUGCUUGGUACAACUGUACUCAUCCCUUCAACUCUGGUUCCCCAGAUGGGAGGUGGAAAAGAAGAGAAAGCAAAGGUGAUUCAGACAUUGCUCUUUGUUGCUGGUUUGAACACACUAACUCAGACUUUGUUUGGCACAAGACUACCUGCUGUUAUUGGAGGCUCUUAUACUUUUGUGCCAACAACACUUUCGAUUGUCUUGGCUGCUCGUUAUAACGAUAUUUCGAGCCCUCAGGAGAAAUUUGAGAGGAUAAUGCGAGGGAUUCAAGGAGCCAUGAUUGUAGCGUCAACUCUUCAAAUUGUUAUUGGCUUUAGUGGCCUAUGGCGGAAUGUGACAAGGUUAAUCAGUCCACUCUCCGCCAUUCCAUUGGUAGCUCUAUCAGGAUUUGGAUUAUACGAGUUUGGUUUUCCUCUGGUAGCAAAAUGUGCAGAAAUCGGAUUGCCGCAGCUUAUCAUUCUCUUAAUCUUUUCACAGUACAUACCCCAUUUGAUGAAAGGGGAUAAGCAUGUCUUCGACCGGUUUGCUGUUAUAUUCUCUGUGAUGAUUGUAUGGGUCUAUGCUCACAUUCUCACUGUAGCUGGAACUUACAAAAAUGCACCAACGAAGACUCAGCUUAGCUGCAGAACUGAUCGUGCUGGAAUUAUCAGUGGAUCUCCAUGGAUUAGAGUUCCAUAUCCAUUUCAAUGGGGAGCUCCCACAUUCGAUGCCGGAGAAGCAUUUGCAAUGAUGGCAGGUUCAUUUGUUGCGCUGGUUGAGUCCACUGGUACUUUCUUUGCCGUGUCAAGGUAUGCCAGUGCAACUCCUAUACCUCCUUCUGUCCUUAGCCGCGGUGUAGGUUGGCAGGGUGUGGGCAUAUUGUUCUCAGGGAUAUUUGGAACCGGAACUGGCUCAUCUGUAUCUCCGGAAAAUGCUGGCCUGCUGGCAUUAACCCGUGUUGGGAGCAGGAGGGUUGUUCAAAUAUCUGCUGGUUUCAUGAUCUUCUUCUCGAUUCUUGGGAAAUUUGGAGCUGUCUUUGCGUCAAUCCCUGCGCCAAUAGUUGCAGCAUUGUAUUGUCUCUUCUUUGCCUAUGUUGGUUCAGCUGGUCUCAGUUUUCUCCAGUUCUGCAACUUAAACAGCUUUCGAACAAAGUUCAUUCUAGGAUUCUCAAUUUUCAUGGGCUUAUCCAUUCCACAGUACUUCAAUGAAUAUACAGCAAUAAAUGGAUAUGGUCCUGUUCAUACUAGAGCUAGAUGGUUCAAUGACAUGAUCAAUGUGCCCUUCUCGUCGGAGCCAUUUGUUGCUGGUUUACUUGCAUUAUUCCUGGAUGUAUCACUGCAUCGAAAAGACGCUGCAACAAGGAAGGACAGGGGCAUGCCAUGGUGGGAUAAAUUCAAAUCAUUCAAAACAGAUACAAGAAGUGAAGAGUUUUAUUCAUUGCCCUUCAAUCUCAACAAGUUUUUCCCAUCUGUAUGAUUCAAGAGGAAUAUAUUUAUAUAUA